AUGUCUACCAAACGGGUAUGUCUUUCGAUGUUCACCCCUGUGCCCUUCCAUUCAAAGAAGAAUGAUAUGCAAGCGAAGCUCUGGGUUUUCUACGUUCCAGCUAACCUUCUGCCUCAGAUUGCAUUUCGAGUCCACGGCACUGUACAAGGUGUUGGCUACCGCGACUUCACCCAAAAGUGCGCCACGAGCCAUGGCUUGAAGGGAUGGUGCCGCAACACCACAUGUGGCCGAGUCGAGGGUGAAAUUCAGGGCGAAGAAGAGACUGUCAAAAAGCUACUUCAGCAGCUUGAUAAGGGCCCGCGAAUGGCUCACGUUGUGAAGUUGGAAAAAAGGGAGCUGGAGCCCAAGGAGGGGGAGGAUCAUUUUUCGGUUAUGCGAACUAUGGAGUCUCGAUAUGCUUCUGAGGGUUGA